AUGAAGACGACCUGGAAGGACAUUGCUCCUGUGCCGUCAAAUCAAGAGUUUCUAGAUGUGGUUUUGAGUCGCACACAACGUCGCCUACCUACUCAGAUCAGACCUGGGUUCAAAAUUAGUAGAAUACGCGGCUUCUACACUCGUAAGGUCAAGUUCACACAAGAGACCUUUUCCGAGAAGCUCGGGGCAAUCCUGGAGGGCUUCCCUCGCCUCCAAGACAUACAUCCUUUCCACAAGGAUCUCCUCAAUACUCUCUAUGAUGCCGAUCAUUUCAAGAUUGCGCUCGGACAGCUCUCAACCGCAAAACACCUCAUUGAAACAGUCUCAAGGGAUUAUGUCCGCCUCCUCAAAUAUGCUCCCUCUCUCUACCAAUGCAAACAACUGAAGCGUGCCGCCCUUGGGCGGAUGGCUACGAUAUGUCGGCGACUGAAAGAUCCACUUGUCUACCUAGAACAAGUACGGCAGCACUUAGGCCGUCUGCCUUCAAUAGAUCCAAACACCAGAACGCUCCUCAUAUGUGGCUAUCCAAACGUUGGCAAAUCAAGUUUUCUCAGAAGCAUCACAAGAGCAGAUGUGGACGUCCAGCCAUAUGCCUUCACCACAAAGUCACUUUUCGUUGGACAUUUUGACUACAAAUAUCUUCGAUUUCAAGCAAUAGACACUCCAGGAAUACUGGAUCAUCGCCUAGAAGAGAUGAACACUAUAGAAAUGCAAUCCAUCACUGCCAUUGCUCAUCUGCGCUCCGCAAUCCUCUACUUCAUGGACCUUUCGGAACAAUGCGGUUACACGGUUGCCUCUCAAAUUCAGCUCUUCCAAAGCAUCAAACCUCUUUUCGCCAAUAAGCUUGUCCUCAUAGUCGUCAACAAGAUUGAUCUCUGCAAACCAGAGGAUCUUGAUGCAGAGACAAAAGCCCAAUUAGAUGGCAUCCUCCAAUCUGGUAGUGUUGAGCUGCUCCAGCUUUCUUGUACGACAACAGAAGGCAUAACGGAAGUCAAGAACGCUGCUUGUGAACGACUCAUCGCCGAUCGUGUGGCUCAAAAGCUGAAAGCCGGCACCAAUAGCUCUGGUACCGUUGGCGGUCGUCUGGGGAAUGUGCUCAACCGCAUACACGUUGCCCAACCUCUUGGCGGCAUAGUUCGUGAGCCGUUUAUCCCUGAAGCCAUCAGGAAUAUGCGUAAAUUCAGCAAAGACGACCCUUUCCGCCCGCGUCUUGCGCGAGAAAUUGAAGAAGAGAAUGGCGGCGCGGGUGUCUUCAAUGUGAAUCUCCGGCAAGACUACAAACUCGACAAUGACGAUUGGAAAGAGGAUCGUGUCCCCGAGUUCUUGAACGGGAGGAACAUAGCCGAUUUCAUCGACGCAGAUAUCGAGUCCAAGCUGGAAGCACUAGAAGCCGAAGAAGAGGACUUGCAAGCAAAGGGAUUCUAUAAUAGUGAUGAGGAUCUCGAAGAUGCACAUACCAUUGACAUACGAAUGAGGGCGGAGGUAAUCAGGAAGAAACAAGAUGAGAUCAGGGAAGAAGCCAAAAUGAGGAAGAGUCUCAAGAAUCGUGCUCUCAUCCCACGGGCUAAACUACCGAAGAAGCUAUCAGUGAUGGAAGAUUCUCUGGACAGACUCGGAUAUGACACCACAGCUGUCACUGCGCGAGCCAGGUCACAGUCACGUGGCCGGACCUUGCAGAGGGCUGAGAGUGAGGGGGACGCCAUGGAUGUCGAUAUCCCGGAAAGUAAGCAAAGAGCGGCAAGGGCUAAAAGUAUGGUACGGAGUCAGAGUAAUCGGAGAGAGGAUGGAGUGAAAACCGUGGUGGCGAGGGAAAAAGCGGAACGAUUGAUGAAGCUGGGCCAGCAGCGAAUGAACAGGGCUGCGAGGCAGGGAGAAGCGGAUAGACAUACUACUUCUGCUAAGCCGAAACAUCUGUUUACGGGGAAACGAGGAAUGGGAAAGACAGAUAGACGGACCUGCGCUAAGCCUGCAGCUUGCGCCCUCGGACCUUCAAUAAUUUCGCUCCUCUCUUCUCGAGGUGAGAUCGUCGUCUAUCUUUGCUAUGGAAGGGGUCACCUAGCAGCGAGCAUAUCUGGUUUGGGAGAAGCAGCCGGCAUCGCUGGACUCAUCACUCUUGCGGGGCAAGGGAUACAUGUAAGCUCAGCUUUGUAUACCUUCAUCAAAACGUACAAGGCUGUGGGACCGAAGCUUCUCGAGGUUGCAGAUGAGGUCCAGCGAUUGCAAGGAACGCUCAAUGGUGUUGAAGCGAUCGUUACUCACGCGCCCGUCGGUACGUGGAUGUCUGAGUGCUGCUUGCAAUUGCAAAGCAAGCUCAAAGCCUGUGAAACCAAAAUACAGAGAUGGAAAGAACGUAUAGCACUGGAUCUCAGUGGCUCAUCUAAACCUAGAAAGUUCUUUAGAGAUGUCAAGAUUGCGAGCAACCAUGGAUUCUUUGGCGAACUGCGCUCCCAAGUGGUGCAAUGUCGGGAAGAGCUGAUUCUUGAGCUCUCCGUUUUCCAAAGUGCGACAGGCUGCCUUGUAAUUGAAAAAUCACAAGCUACGUUCUCAAGCCUUGAGACCUUGCGAGGGCACCAAGAAGAUUCUUUUUCGACAAUUAGCCAGAAUAUGAAGAGAAGUUCUCAGAGACUUGGAAAUAGCUUGCAAGUGUCCGACAUUGCUGGCAUUGAAAGGAGAUUGGACAUGCUGUCUAAAUCGCUUCAACAAGUCGCAGGUCAGGAUCUUAUGCUCAUGACCGGGCCCAUGCCAACAAAUACUUCACAAUCAAGGAACGACUCGCAGAUUUCUCUUGUGGAUGCUGAGCCGGCCGCUAUCCAGAAGAGAGUCGACCGACCUCUGCAAGCCGAAAAUUGCCGGCGGUGGAACAUGGUCUUCCGACUCGUACAGCCAGCAAUUCUGGCCUGUGACCACGACGGGAAAUUUAGACAAACACUCGUGGCACUAGAGACCCCAAAAGUCGCGGCCCUUGGCCAAGACCAGCUUCUGCCUUUGCUCCAGUGUUACUUAGAUUUACGUCUCAUCAUAUGGCUGAUCCAGCGCACCAACAUCCAUGCCUUCAGCUUCGCUGGGGGUGGACGCCGGUCUUUGCUUUUCAGAGAGGCCCAAGUGUCUUUCGUUUGUGAUAUCCAGCAUCGUCUUAAUCUGAUUUACGUAUGGGAGGAAAUUAAAGAUCAGCCUAAAGAUCGGAUGCAAAUUGCCAUUGACACAGUGAUUUUCGCCUUCUGGCUGCGAACAUUGACAUUGAAGGAAUGA